AAAUGAAGACGAAAGCAGGAGAAGAAAUCGAUAAACUUGAUUUGGACAACCUGGCACAUACAUCACAGAAUUGUGAAUACAAAAAAAGUAGAUAUUUAUAUUUAAAUUAUUUAGGUCGAUUUCCUGCUCUGAUUCAGAGAAUAAAAGAUCCCAAGUCAACUGCCCUGAUAUUUGAAGCGGGUAAGAUGGUGAUAACAGGUACCAAAGGUUAGAGUGAGGCAGAAGAGGCUGCUAAAAAAGUUUGAAAAAAGCAUUUUAUUUAAAGUUUAGAAAACAGAUAGAGAAGAACAACAGGAUUACUAUAGAAAUAGGCGAUAUUUAAACUAGUAACAUAGUAGCCAACAGCCAAUUGCCUUAUGAAGUUAAUCUGAUGAAAAUACAUGAUGACAGAAGUUUACAAGGAUCUAUCAGCUAUGAUGUACACAUUCCAAUUAUCCUCUCUUAGCGAUCAGCAUUCCCAGGAUUGAUUUAUAAGAUGUAAAAUCCUAAACUCGCUGCCCUAAUCUUCUAUUCAGGAAAGAUUGUCUUCACUGGUGCAAAAAAUGAAACUUAAAUCAAAGAUGCCUAUUGUUAAUUAUUCAAUAUUCUCAAAAAACACUCAUAAGAAAAAGUCAAUAAAUGA